UGAACCUCCCAGUUGUGCAGCUUGUCAUGGCGGCGCUUCUGAGAGGACUGCGAGCUGGAAGGCUCCUCCGAGGGCUAUCCAGCGUGGUUCCUGCACCGACAUCAACAACCCUUCAGUGCAGCAGCCUGAGACAAGGCUUCCACUGUGCAGCGCUGAGACUGAAGGAUGAGUCCAAAUCUGACAAACACUCUGCAUCUUCGUCCUACUCCUCGUCAUCAUCAUCAUCCACAACCCACGAUGUGUACACCUCCCAGCAGGAUUCUGAUCCAAGCAGCGGUGACCAGGAGCAGGACGAGGAGUAUGAAACGGAAGAGCAGCUGCAGGCUCGAAUUCUGACGGCGGCUCUGGAGUUUGUCCCGCUGCACGGCUGGUCCAUGGAAGCCAUCUCCGCUGGUGCUGAAGCUGUGGGUUUGUCCUCUGCUUCCACUGGGAUGUUCACCAACGGAGCAGGAGACUUGGUCCUACAUUUCAUCUCCCAGUGCAACUCCAAUCUGACAGAGAUCCUGGCUGAACAACACAAUCAAGUCCAGCUGGGUCAAGUCGAACCAAAGAAGACGGCUGACUUCCUAAGAGAUGCAGUAGAGACCAGGCUGCGGAUGUACAUCCCCUACAUGGAAUCCUGGCCACAGGCGAUGAGCAUCUUGCUCCUUCCUCACAACAUCCCUGACAGCUUGAAGCAUCUCUCCACCAUGGUGGACGACAUCUGGUACUACGCCGGGGACCGCUCCACAGAUAUGAACUGGUACACGAAGCGGGCAGUGCUGACCGGUCUGUACAACUCAACAGAGCUGGUGAUGCUGCAAGAUUCCUCUCCGGACUUCCAGGACACCUGGACCUUCCUUGAUAACCGCAUUCAGGAUGUAACCAACAUGGCCGUCACGGCAAAGCAGAUGCAGUUGACUGGUGAAGCUGUAGCACAGGGUCUCAUGGGAGCUGCAGUAACGUUGAAGAACCUCACAGGACUGAACCAGAAACGAUGAUGUGAAACAUUUCUGAGGCACAUGAAGCCCAACCAUAAUGUCAUGAGCUGAGGAUGGUGUGUUUUCUGAGAGGGGGGAUUGCGCUUAUCUUUUCAGUUGUAUGGUAUGGCUGAAGGAAUUUCACUAUUGAUUUUAAGAACACAGAAAUACCUGAUUUGUUGAAAGUCCUCUGUAUAUUUCAGUUCACCUUCAGUAUGAGUGGCUUUCUUUUGUUUUACUCAAAUCCUUUUUUUUUCUGUUGUAUAGAAGUACAAGAACAGAUUCAAUUUGGUUGUGGAGUCGUAAACCAAAUAAAGUAGUGUAUAUUCAA